AUGGAUGACACAGCCGAAUUGGGUCACUUUGGGUGGUUGGCUUCGAUGCUCACUGCAAAACUUGUGUACAAGCAGAAAAAAGAGUUAAGUGAUGGACCUGGCAACGGAGGAUUGACUGAAGGCAGUCAGAUUCCUGUGGUAGAGGGCACUAUUGCAGUGACAGCUUCAGGGGAAGUUCGAACUGGGUGGCAUGAGGAGUCUCUGCUUAAGAAAUCGGGAGCUUUAAGCGAGAUGGGCCAGGUAUACUCCGUGAAGCAUCAGGCCACGAGUGAGGUUAACCAAUGUCAAGACGAGACAACCUCAUCUAAGCGCUCGGUAGGGCUCGUCCAGGGCCGAUCAAUAGAACCAUCUCCAUCAAAAACAGCAUACGACUUCCAUAAUAAGUACCGUACCUGGCUUGGACAGGUAAAUGCCGGCAUCUGCCCCUCAAGUAUCAACGUGGGGGAAUACCAAGUUUCUGGGAACAAGGGCUCCUGGCAAACCGGUGAGCAGUCACAUUUCUCAUUCCCGAGAUACCGACCAUUUGGGAUCUUGUGUAUAGGCAACGUCAUUCGCGCUGAAUGGCAUGCCCUGAAGCAAGCUGCAUUCCGAUAUUUGAUUUCUGAUAACAAGUGCCAGCCGACACCGAAGCGGGAGAGGCGCACCGGAGAACCAUUAUCACCCAUGGAUCACCCAAUGGGGUUUUGACCAUAGCUUUCUUUCUUUCCCGGCCGGGCGGGGAGGCUUGGACAGUGCGCAAAGCCAGCAUUGUAAUGUCCGUGGGCAAAGCUCGCGGAGCUCCCGAGUGGCUGCACUGACUCGCUCUGUUGCUGCUGCGUUACCAUAUCGUGGAAGCUG